AUGUCGAGCCCCGAGCUGGACCUAGAUCGGCUCUCCGAUAGCGAGAGAACUGCGCUAGAAACGUACAUGGCUGUGACAAGUCAAGAACCAUCAGAGGCUAUUCCCCUUCUCCAACGCUCAGAAUGGAACGUGCAGAUCGCGAUAUCCAAGUUCUUUGAUGGAGAGGGCCCAGAUCCCCUCGCAGAGGCCCGCUCUGCUAUGGACCAAGCGCCUCCACCUCAACAAAACCGUCGAACCCAGAAUCUGAUGAACGAAGACUUCACCGAGCGCCUGUCGCAGAUCACUCGUGUUACGGAUCCGGCGCCGCAAAUCAGUACACAGUCCGGGGACCAACCUGUCUACCGACCCCCAUUGAUCAUUGCGCUACUAUUCAUGCCAUUUAAUUUGGUGUACCGACUACUAUGCACAUCUUUCCGCCUCCCUGCCCUGCGAGGCGCCCGCCAGAACACCACAGGUCGUCGUCCCCUCGGGCCCAAGGAUACCGCUGCUCGCUUCAUUCGCGAGUUCGAGGAGGAGUAUGAAGCACACCCAAUCCCCUUCUUGGAGAACGGAUACAACAUGGCUUUGGAGAAAGCGCAUCGCGAUCUGAAGUUCUUGUUAGUCGUCCUUCUAUCGCCUGAGCACGAUGAUACGAGUAGCUGGGUCCGAGAUACCCUGCUGGCACCUGAGGUGGUGGAGUUCAUCAACGAUCCCCGCAACAACCUACUAGUGUGGGGAGGCAACGUCCGUGACUCCGAAGCCUACCAAGUCGCAAACUCAUUGCGCGUCACCAAAUUCCCCUUCGCAGCAGUGGUCGUUCACACACCAAAUGUCUCAUCGACUGCCAUGUCUGUCGUUGGAAGGAUCGCCGGAGUCAACGCACCGGCAGAGGUCGUUACCAAGCUCCAAGCAGCCGUUACAUCAAACCAAGAGCCAUUAGAGCGCAUUCGAUCUUCCCGCGCAGAGCAACGAGCUUCGCGUAGCCUACGUGAAGAGCAAGACUCAGCCUACGAACGUUCAUUGGCGAUUGACCGAGAACGCGCCCGCCAACGCCGAGAAGCAGAGGCGGAGCGCCAGCGCGAGGAACAAGAAGCCGCAGGACGCCAAGCGGCGGAGGAGCAGCGGCGCCGAGACCUUGCGCAGUGGAAGCUCUGGCGCGCGCAGUCGGUUAGUGCCGAGCCCGGGCCAGACGCUAAAGAUACAGUAAGGGUUAGUGUUCGGCUCCCUUCUGGCGAGCGCAUCAUGCGCAAGUUCGCGCCUGACGCCGAUCUCGAAGAGCUCUACGCGGUGGUCGAGUGCUGGGAAGCCUUGCAGGAUGCAGAUGCACCUCGAACGAGUGAACCAGCGGGGUUUGUGCACCAAUACCCAUUCAGACUCGUUUCACCGAUGCCUCGGGUAGUUUAUUCUUUAGAUGACGGAGGCUCGAUUCGCGAGAAGAUCGGUCGGGGAGGCAAUCUGUUGGUGGAACCGAUUGAGAACGAAGACGAGGAGGACAGCGAGGAGGACGAUGCGACCGUGGUGUCAUGA